AUGGCAUCUUCAAGUGCUCGAUAUCAAAACACCGGGCCAGUUGACUGUUCAACACCGGUUGACGCGUCAAGCCUGAGUGGCAAGACAGCAAUCGUCACUGGCGGCAGUAACGGCAUAGGAGCUACAUAUACACACGUCCUUGUAAAUGCCGGAAAAGUUCACUACUCAAAAUGUGACGUUACCAAGUGGGCAGAUCAAGCCGCUCUGUUCAAGUCGGCGACUGCAAAGUCACCAUCGGGCAACAUCGACAUUGUGGUGGUGAACGCUGGCAUCAGUGGCCAAGAUCCCGUCUUUCUUAACCCAACAGAAGGAGGCGAGCCCGAGGAACCGGACCUCAAGAUUUUGAACGUGAACUUGAUUGGAGCAACAUACACGGUGAAACUGGCCUUGCAUUAUUUUGAAGCACAGGCUGCACGAGACCCGUCGUCUGUGACCUCGCUGGUCCUUCAGGGUAGCCUGGCAGGCUACGUUAACCAACCAGGCACUCCCCAAUAUAAUGCAUCCAAAUAUGGGUUGCGGGGCAUGUUGGGCUCCCUCAGACAGACAAGCUUGAUUCAUGGCACAAGAGUCAACUAUAUUGCUCCUUGGUACAUCAAGACCGACAUCAUCAACGACGCCGCUCUUGAACGCAUCACUUCCAAGGGAGUGGUGUUGGCAGAAAUUGGCGAUGCCGGCGAGGCAUUACUGAGAAUCGUCAGCAACCAAAGCAUUCAUGGGCGUGCAAUUGCAAUCGUCCCUCGAAUAUGGGCUCCUCGUGGUCACUUGGACGUGAACCACGACGAUUACCCAGAGGAUGAUUUCAUUCACGAGUGGCAACACCUCGUGCUCAAGACAAGCCAUCGAUUGGUAGGUGCUUCACUGAUACCAUAA